AUGUACAUUUGUAGAAACUCGAGAAUCAGCGACUGGAAAACGCGGCUCGAGAUCGUCUGGAAGAGCUCCGGAGACAACGGGAGGCCGAGCACAAGCGUCUUGAAGACGCAGCGACAUCAGCAGGAGUGUGAGGAGAUUCGAAGGAAAGAGGCACAGGAGGAAGAACGCAUUUCUAGCCUUGAGUACGAGGAACGCCAGGUGAUCGCUGGCAUUGAAAAGCAGUUGAAACUUGUAGGGGCCUUCUGGACAUCGACUCUUCAUCAACCAGGAGGUAGAGUGGAUGGAGCUCUACCGGUAUGUGCUGCGGUGAUAACAACGCGAGCCUUAGAGAAACCGAUUCUGGGACUGGAAGGUGAUGUUAUCCUCGUUGCUGAUAACACCGCAAAGAUCCACGGAUUCGAUCGUAAAACCAAGGAACUGUUGUUUACUUCAUCUUGGAGCUACCAGAAAGAUGCGAACCUUUCUUUAGGAACGCCAAUGGCAAUGGCGGUGACGCGUUGUGGGCGCUUACUAGUGUGUGAGCAGGAGUGCCCUCGCGUCGUCGUCAUUGACCUUCGCGUACUUUUCCACUUAUACAGGACGUGUCUUCUCGCUAAUCAAGUGACUGGCAAUCGCUCGUGCAAUCUGGACGCAUCAUCCGCUCGAAUAGCUUUUAUUGACGGGAAACCACAUCUUGCGCGACCUCGCGGCCUUGCGGUAGAUGACGUGGCAGGGGAGUUUUAUGCUAGCGAUGAAGCAAGCAACUGUAUCAGGGUGUUCAAACUACCAGCGAUUACUGUGGCCAAAAGUGUAGCUCUCGAGCGCAGUAUUUCAGGCUCUCACGCUAUGGUGUUGAAAAGACCAACAGGGCUAGAUCUCUCUCAUUACCAUGUCGUUGUGUGUGAUACUGGUAACUCCCGUUUGGCUGUAUUUGCCAAGCGAGGGGCAUUCGUACAGGCUAUAGGCCGAAAGGGAAUCAACGGUGGGGAAUUUUACGAUCUACGCGAUGUCAAGUUGGCCAACGUUCGAAAGCGCGCGAUCACCCGAGGGGUUCAACAUGAAAGUGAUGCUGGAGUCGCAAAUGAGCAGUUUGAAGCAAUUGCAGCGGAUUGUGGCAACUAUCGCGUGCAAAUACUUAACGAACGUGGCGAAUUCCUCAGGCAAUUAUCGUUACUUGGGAGUCUGGAGCAGAUUGCUUUCCAACACGACCAGUUUGCGAAUCUACGUGCAGAACUUACGAGAGAGUACGCUGCGCUACAUAAAUCUCCUCCUGGUUUAUCUGGUGAACGCAUGGAUGGCAUUUACAGUCUUGCGAAGUUACUACAUCCGACGUGCAAACUUUACGCUCGUCUAACGUCUUGCCUAAUGGAGUGGCGUGAUAAGCGCUCGCGCUUUCAUCAUCCAUUCGCGCUUGCGUAUGCUCCAUCUGAGAGAGAAAUUAUAGUAGUCGACCGAGAAAAUGCCAGUGCGUACACUUACAACUUCGACGCCGCCGGAAGCACUUGGCUCCAGCUUCCAAAGAACCAGCUUCGAGGCGUUUGUAGCGUGCACAGCUGUCUCCAGCUCAACCUUACCUUUAGCAAUCCAGAAGAGCAAAAGGAAGUCUCACUAAAAGAACAAUGGCUAUACGUGAGUGACCCGGUAGCGCACCGUGUGGCUGUGCUCGACUCUAGCAACCUGACUCUACAGUUCUAUAUUGGUGCAACCACGUAUGGACACCAGGAAUUCUGCUCAAAUGGCUUUCUUCCAGGAGAGCUGAACCACCCAUCAUUUCUCGCAGUCGAUAGUGGCAACCACACCGUGUCACAAUUUAACGCUCGAGAUGGAUCUUUCUGCGGUCGUAUUGGCGAAGGAUAUGGUCAUUUGGAAGGAUUCUUCAACUCACCACAAGGAAUUGCGGUUUGGAAAGAUCAACUUCUUUUUGUCUGCGACCAAUGCAACCAUCGCGUUCAAGUUUUCGAUCUGAUAACGCGCAAAUGUUUGCGUGUUUUCGGUCAACUGGGCACGUCGCCUGGUGAAUUUAGUUUUCCAACGGGUCUUGCAAUUUGUCCUGCACUUCUCGAAACUCCAAAAUGCAACUUUGGUCCUCAUCGGUCUGAUAAACUUGUCGUUGCGGAUACUGGCAAUUGCCGGGUGCAAGUUCUUGACCUAAAUGGCAGCGUGCAACUGGUCCUCGAUUCGAAAGCCACUCCAUUUGAUCUACCAAUGUCACCGAUGGGAGUUUGGGUGCAGCAACGAAGUGGAUACAUACUCGUAAGCGACACCGCCAACCUCUGUGUGGCCGUCUUUACGAACACUGGUAUAUUUCUCUCUGCAUUCGGAGCCACAGGGGAGGCGGAUACCCGAUUUGUCCAGCCUGUUGGUGUGGCGAUUGCCCCUGCAGACGCAGGUGUUGAGUUGCUACUUACUGCUGACUCUGGCCGAUGUGAUGUAAGCAAAUUACAGCUACGGCUGCGAGGUUAA